AUGUCAAUCCACCGCGACAUUGCAGAGGCCCUUCAGAGGGCCGCGAAGCGGCGUCACCGAGACACUACGCUGCGCAAGGAAGCACAGAAGAAUGCGCUCGUGGCCGAGGACUACCAUACCCUGCAGAGGCAACUGAACAGCACCCACUUCAUCCAGCCGCUCGAUGCAGCCACGACCAAGUCGAAUAUUUACUACAUCAAAAAAAGAUUCAUUAGAUUUUGCCAUGCGAACGAACACGGCGACUGGCGCAAGGCGCUGCAACCGCAGCACUGCGACAAAGGCUUCAUCAUGACCUUCCUUCACUGGAUAUGCGAAACAUACCUGCAACCAAGACGCAAGAGGUCGAAGAAGAAGAGCGUCAAUCAGUACUGGCGCGAUUUCAAAAUGCUCUACCGCCGCUGUAACGACGGCAAGAUUGUCAACCCAAACCAUUGCGAGGAAAUUAGAAAGUAUAUUAAUGACAAACUCAAAACAAAGUUCAAUCUAGACGACGAACCUGGAUCUAAGCCCGUCCUGAGCGUGGACGAUCUGCUACUCGGCCUCACGCAUCAUUGGUCGCGCGACCGGAGGGUGUUCCCUACUGAGGAUGACCGCCUGGAUGUUGCAGCCAUUAUGCUUUUCCAGGCAUACACGGCAUGCCGGCCUGCGGAGCUUGUCGAUGGGACGAAACGAAGAGGGACUGGAGACCCGUUGCUGGAUGACUCGGGUGUGGAUGAUGCGCCGAGCAGCAAGGCUGCGGAGAAUUGCGCAGUGCGAGGUGGCAGGCGGCAACAACGCAAAUUGGCCUCCGCCACCGGCAGAAUGAGCCGGCCGCGAAAUUCAAUCCGCAGAUCAGGCCCUGCGUCCGAGUCUGACUCUGAUUCCGAUGAUUUUACUCUUGACAGCGGGGACGAAAGCGACGACGGGGAAAUCCACACCCACCAGGACGAUACGAGCGACACGGAGUACAGCGAUGAUGGUGAUGAAGACAUCGACAUGCUUCAGACAGAACCAAGGCCUGACCAGCUAGCUGGCAAUGCUAAGCAGGACGAGGAUCAAGAGGCGAUUCGGCUGCAUAAAGCAUUAUGCUAUGAAGACAUCGUCCUCUGGGUCGUCAGGGACCCGAAUCGUAGGGGCCGAGACGUACUGGCCAUGGAGGUCUUCCUUCGCCACCAUAAAGGCGCAGAGAAGAAGCCCAAACCAGACCCAUCCGCUGAUGGCCUAACCAAGGCAUUCUCGCACAUGAGCAUUCGAUGCAACCCAGAAGUUCCACGCGAUAUCCCUAAAGCAGAGCUUGCAAAACUACCACCUCCCCCAGAGGUCGUGGAGCUAAUGAGGGAGGUGAAGCGAACAUCUUUGCAGCUUCGGCAGCAGUAUGGAUUUAUCAAGUCAGCCCCAAAGAGAAUCAAAGCAAAGUAUUCGCAGCUUCGUUGUGAUUUGCGAAACUCAGAGAAAGCCUUCAGGUGCGACAUGACCAAAGUAUACCAGGAAGAGUACCGGCGACGGAUGCACAACGAAGAGUUGGAGAGGCAACUGAAUGGCAUGGCUAUCGAAGAGAAGAUUGAGCCUGCCGUUGAGCAUCAGCUUCCAGAGCGCUCAAGAUUGCAGAAUAUUCUCUGCGACUUUCGUACGGAUAUGAGUCUCGAGGAUAUUACAGCCCGCAAAAUUAGAGCUAUCGAUAUGAUGGUCCGCCUCGCCGCCUGCCGAGAAGUGCGCCAGCUUCGACCGGGGCCUUCUCAAGAGGCAAGCAGAGAAUCCUCUCCUGAGGUGGCUGAGUCCAAACUAGUCCUUAAGCUCAAACCAUUCGAAAAGUUUCCGCUCCUGCUAGGCAAAACGCAAUGCAUCUACUGUGUGGGGGAUGAGCGACUGACUCAUGCAGCUCGAAUGAGAAAGUUCAAGCGUGUUUCUCACAUGAUGGACCAUGUCGAGAACGUUCAUCUGCGGCACGAGCACGGCAAUGCGAGGGCAAGUUUGCGUGUCGCACUGUGUCACGACUCGAGUAAUCAUACAACAGAGCCUGAAGCACUUCGGCAGGAGCUAACUGUUCCCAUCUUUCGUAAGAUGCUGGAAUUUCUCAAGCGCCUUGUGAACACUCUCAUGCCCAUUCUUUCGCGCCACGGUGACGGCUGUGUCUCCGUUUUCGUCCACAAGGCCCGGAUCCGCUUUGGCCUCCAGCAGAAUAGCUACAACCUUCUCAUAACCAUAAUUUGA